AUAGAGUACGGGGCACGGAUGGACCACGCCCCUCAGCUGCCUAUAGGCACAGAUUAGGGUUCCUAGGAGGAGGACGUUUGGUGGUGAGUACAGUCACAUGUCUAGUGUGGAUUAUAAUUAGCUCCAACAUGUCUAAAAUGAACGACCCACUACAGUGUGGACUGUGCUUAAAACGCCACAGAGAUCCAAGGAUUCUAACCUGCUUUCACAGUUUCUGUCGGGAAUGUAUAGAAAAGCUUAUAUCAACCAAGAAAUACAAGGUGUCUUUCCCCUGCCCCCUAUGCCAGACGGAAAUAGGGAUCCCUAAGGCAGGGACAAAGGCAUAUCCCGAAAACUUUUACAUCCGGGCCAUUCAGGCAACUGCUGCAUUCUCAACCAUCUCUAUGUGCGACACCUGUGAUAAAACAAAGGAGGAAAGCGCGAGCUCAAGAUGUUUGGAAUGCGAAUGUAACUAUUGUGGCACAUGUACAGCCCGUCAUUUGGAAUCCGAUACAACGAAGGAACAUCAUAUUAUAGAACUAUGCAAACCGCAGUCAAAGACGAUAACGAAUUUGACUCAUAAAUCGUUUUGCGAAAAACAUAAAAAUGAAGAGACAAAAUUUUACUGUAUGUUAUGCGAGAUACCGGUUUGUAAGGAAUGCGUAUCGAAGGUGUCUGACCACAAAGGGCAUCGUUAUAAGAGUAUCGCGGAAGGCGCUAAAGAAAAGAAAGAUACCAUAUCUCCAAUUAUCAAGAGCAUGCACGAGUAUUUGCCAAUCCUUGAGGAGUAUCUGGAGGAAAUCAAAUCAUCAAAGAAGAUGCUCGGAGAUUAUGCUUCCGAUAGCAUCAAAGAGAUCAAAGCAAGAUGUCAGAUGUUACAUGACGAGAUAGAAAAGAUUAGUAAAUCGUUGGAGGAACAAGUGCAGAAGAGCGAAGAGAAGGAGAACCAGAGACUGGACAAACACAUCCAGAUGAUAGAGAGACUGCUGAAAUCUCUCUCAUACACGACAGGUUCGACUGAGGAUAUCGCCAACCUCGCCAGCGACAGCGAGUUCGUCAUGAUCUGUGCCAAACUGCAAAACAGGUUUAAGAGGAUAAACCAAGAGGUUCCAUCUUCAGGUCUCAUCAGUUGUGAGAGCAGCAACUUCCACUCUGGUGAUAUGCAGGGCAAGAACUUGUUUGAAAUGAUCGGGUAUUGUGAUGAAAGUGAUGUCAAAAUGCCGCUGCUGCCCAUUCCGUGGGGUCUCCGAAUGGCGUUGACCUUUGAAGUGACUCUCAUGUACAGUUUUAAGGUUUCCGACGCCAUGGAUACCAUACACGCAAUAGCGCCUGUGUCUGAAAAGGAAGCGUGGAUAUGUUGUGGAUGGGGAACCAACAAAAUGGAGCUGUGGACCAGGGAAGGAGAAAAGAAGAACACAGCAACGCUACCUAUACAAGUUGACGACAUAUGCGUAAAGCCAAACGGUGAAAUCCUAGUGUCCAGCUACGACGGCAAGAAGGUUGUCAAACUGGACAGUGACCUCAAGCCAACUGACUUUGUACAGCUUAAUUGGUAUCCAGGCGGGAUGACCUUCACCAAGAAGAAAGAGCUGCUUGUGUGUGCUGUGGACAGUUACGUCACAACUCGUUCUAACUCGUCACGUCGCAUGGUGAUACGAAUAAAAGAGGAUGGCACAGUGUUGGAUCAGAUAGAAGAUAACGGCUUCAAUGAAGUGUUCUGUGCCCCCUAUCGGCUGUAUGAGAAUAUGAUCGGGGACAUCUGCGUGACGGACCGGGAGGAAACCAAUGUCAGAGUUACAAGUCUAACGAUGGAAGGCGUCAUAAAGCAAACGUACACGGGACCUAAAGAGAUGGUCACAAAGAAGCCCUUCAAUCCGUUUGGUGUCGUAUCAGACAAAUAUGGUCAUGUGAUCGUGUCUGACUGGAGUAACCACGCAGUACAUAUUCUAGAUAUAAGUGGUCAAUUCAUAGGCUUCUUACUCACCGAGAAAAAUGGCAUUCGAGGUCCGAACGCGCUCGCGCUGGACAAGGAAGGCCAUCUUUGGGUAGGCGAUACAAAAUCGACAGUUUGGGUUUUCCAGUAUCGACGGAAGGCUGAUGACCACAGUUCGUCUAACUCAUCAGCAUGACUCUAGUGCAAUAUAGUGAGAGUCAUGUCAUUCGGAUGUGUUGUGAAAGUCAUUCGGCGGUGCUGUUUAAUAGUUGUUGAAGCCGCGUGCAAUUCUUCAUAGACAUUUCAUUAUAGUGUGGCUUUUCCUCUGACGGACUAUCUGUGUGUGAAUCCUGUAUGGACGAAGAAACAUGUUUAAAAGUUAUGGAUAUAAUAGACAACAUUAGUGCGACACUGAUCGUUAUAUCCAUUAGUCAUUGGAUAGUGGGUUACAACUAUUGGUGUGUAAAAUACAACUAAACCAAGGACACGUUAGAACGUAUAGAUUUUAACACUUGUGUCGGAGUAUACACAUAUUCCUCAACUUCACAGGGAAAUAUGUGAAAAAUUAUAGUUUUAAACAUUCUUAAAAGUCGAGAUAACUGUCAUGUAUAUCCUCCGUCAUGCAUUGAUAUAUUCUUUUUUAUUAAGACACUUUCCAACAGAAAUAGGUUUUUUUUACAAAUGUCCGUAAGCUGAUAACUUGUUGUAGCCAUGUAUUAAGCCGCUUGGCAGUACACGUGUCUGCGAGGCCAAAACAUAAACUGGGCUGUUAAACUGUCCAUUGUCUUACCCCCAAAUCCUGAUAAAUAUCACAACUUUAUAAGAUAGGGGCGAACAAUGCUUUCCAUACCUUGGUAUGUGUAUGUGUAUACCACUUUAUAAGGAAUAUUGCGCAAAGAUCUAUCAGCUUUCGGAGUAAAGUGAAACAUUUAAAAUUCAAUACAAAUUAAACUAACUUUAUAAAAUCUCAUUAUUUUCUCCCGUUUCAGAACUUAUCUCUGAAAAUCUUACGAACAUUUAAAACGUAUAAUCAAAAAAGAAGUAAUGUCUUUUUAGAUAAAAGACUAAAAUUGUUCUGAUUUGCCAUCAAGCUGACCAGGUUUUGAACAGCUGAGCGUUUUUAAACCCUUUGAGAAUAGCGUGGAACUAUACGAUCGGCAAUCGAUACCCCUGGUUGAGAACCCUGGUGAUUGGAAUUCUAUAGAUGUGAGAACAGACUGGAAAUAGUGUUCAGUGUUAUACCUACCUUAAACUACAGAUGUAUACAUAACUCUGAUUACAUGGCACUAACUUGCUCAUGGAAAGAGCUUAUAACACAGGGGUGUGACAGAUCCCCACACAACGUUCUUUGUUCGUGCUGCAAUGGUAUGAAGUAUCACGGGUGGGGAUGUGUGCCACCCCCAUAGCCUGUGUAUCGCACGCCGAAUGGACAAUAUUUUCCACCCAAACUCGCUUCCGGUUCCUGUGCUCUCUAUAGAUGAUUCGAAUUAUGCUGAACACCUUACGUAUAUGAAUUGUUGAUAACAAAGCGUCUGUAUCCUCUUUUUGAUUUACACAGACCAGCAUAUGGAAUAGUCCUUAUAUUUAUUUCCACUUUGAUUCUACACAAAAGAAAAAAAUAUUGACUUCCGGCGGAUGUACAUUAAUUCCCAGUGAAUUUGUGUGAUUAUUCGUGUUAGCUAUUGUGUUGUAUGUAAUCUAGUGUAUUCGUAUUGAUUAUGAGUGUGUAGUGUGUUAAUGCAUUAUGGUGGAAGAUGAUGUCAUACAUCAUUGUUCAUUAAAACACUAUUCAAACCUGACUGAACUGACUUCCGGUGGUUGUGUUUGGUUUUAUAUUUGAAUCGUCACAGCAAAACGCUGCGCUGCCUCUUUAACUGACUACGGUAACACCAUAAAAUAGAGGAUACAAAUGGACAUGUUUAGGUGUUAAUUGUAUUAAUCGUCUUGCUUGGAUUUUUUGAAGUCGAUUAUACCGACAAUCGUGUGAAUUGCUAGAGGUUUAAUUCCUUGAAUUCAAGAUUAAAUGCUACUUUCUCUUGUUUAACAGGAUUUGUGUCAAUAAAAAUAACAUUAAA